AAACACAAAAGCGAGCCCGCCACCGUGGAAUUAGGAUCUUAAAUCCCAAUUCGAAAAUUGAAAACCUGGAAUCUUCUACUUCCUUCUUCCUCUUCCUCUUCCUCUUCCACCAUCGCAGAGACUUUUUCGCUCUUCUAUUUCUACCCUCAGCUUGAUCUCGUCCCUCCUUCUCUCCUUGGCCCCAGUCGAAUUUCCCAAACUACAAGGUUUGCGAAUUUUUAAGGUUUGUGGGUGCAGGGAUGGCGAGUGGUUUUGGGGAGUCGACGAGCUUGCCGCCCCAAAGCCCGUCUUGCUCGGGGAACAAUGCCAAUGAUGCAGGAGAUUUUGAGUGCAACAUUUGCUUCGAAUUAGCGCAGGAUCCGAUCAUAACACUUUGUGGUCAUCUCUUCUGCUGGCCUUGUCUCUACAGAUGGCUGCACCAUCACUCACAUUGCCAAGAGUGCCCCGUGUGCAAGGCGCUUGUACAAGAGGACAAGUUGGUUCCUCUUUAUGGAAGGGGGAAGACACAGACUGACCCUAGAUCGAAAUCGUAUCCGGGGAUUAAUAUUCCUAACCGCCCCGCUGGGCAGAGGCCGGAGACUGCUCCUCCUCCGGAGACCAAUCAGUUUCCUAAUUACGGAUUUGGGUUUAUGGGAGGAUUUAUGCCCACGGCAACUGCCAGGAUCGGUAACUUCACACUGGCCACUGCAUUUGGCGGUCUGAUACCCUCAUUGCUUAAUGUUCAUUACAAUCAUGGAUUUCCGGACGCUACUGUAUAUGGAACAACUUCUGGCUUUCCUUACGGAUUCAGCAGCACAUUUCAUGGGGGUCAUGCUCAUGGGUUCCCUCAGCCGGUGGCUCAAAGGCAGCAGGUUGAUAAUGUGUUGAAGAAUCUGUUUUUGUUGAUUGGUGUAUUUGUGAUUGCUGCGCUGAUUUUUUGUUAGUCCAAGAUUGAACUUUGAAAUCAGCGUGGUUGUUUAGUGUUGCCGCUCUCUCAUAUCUGUAAAUACAUUAGCUGUAUUCCUGCUCACAUGAUGUUCGGUGGUUAGACUUUUUGUCAGUUCUGUUACUUAUCAAAAACAUCUGCAACAGACAUAAAUUUCAUAAUAAAUGCUUGCAUUUGUGACU